AUGAGGAAAUUGAGAAAUACAGAAUACCUGGGGUUAUUGGUUGUGUUGAUGGAUACGAAGUGUGGUAUUAAGUCGCCAGGAAGUGACAACCACCAUUUAUACCUCAACCGCAAGGGUUUUUACAGUCUUAAUGUAAUGGCGAUAUGCGAUCACAACAUGGUAAUCACAUUUGUUGACGCUAGGCAUCCAGGGGCGAAUCAUGAUUCAUUUGUUUGGAAUGUGAGUCACGCAGAACAGGAGCUAAAAUCUGAUUAUAACAAUGGAAAAACCAACACAUGGCUACUCGGUAAGUUUUAA